AUGGGCACAAACGACCUGGCUUCACAUCCGGUGGCCAAGGUUCAGGAUGUCAUUGGCGCAUUUCGUCCCACACGCCUCUUCAAAGCGCCUGCCGGCACGAGCUACACUUCAAUAGAUUUCGAUGACAGCGGCGAAUUCUUGCUCCUGUCGCGUACCGAUGCUACGAUCCAAUUGUUCAAUACAUGGGCUGGUGCUCAUGCGAAAGAGUUGAAAUCACAGAAAUAUGGCAGUGCACUGGCUCGUUUCACACAUCACAGCACUUCGAUCAUCUACGCCUCAACCACCGUGGACGAUGGCAUUCGAUAUCUCUCAAUGCAUGACAACAGCUUCAUCCGCUACUUCCGCGGCCACACCGAUCGAGUCACCAGCUUGAGCAUGAGUCCGAGCGACGACAAAUUUCUCAGCGCCAGCUUGGACAACACCGUCAAGAUUUGGGAUUGUCGAUCAUCAAACGCACAAGGAUCGUUGAACUUCGAGUCCGCGUGGCUCACGGCCUUUGAUCCAUCUGCGAGUGUUAUUGCCAUUGCGAGCCCGCUCGCGCAGACGGUCAGCCUCUACGACAUGCGCAACUACGAUAAGCUGCCCUUUGCGACUUGGGACCUUCUCGCAACCGAACGUCGAUUGCAGCAGUCGCAUGGACAGACGCCAGGUGCUGGUUGGACCGGUAUGGAGUUCAGCAACAACGGCAAAUUCCUUUUACUUGCCACCAACGGUCCCGGUCACUACAUCCUCGACGCUUUCUCCGGUGACCUCCUUCACUACGCACACCGGCCAAACGGCUCGGACCCGUCACAUUAUGCGCCUGGUGAUGACCUUCCGUCAGCACCUGCUGGAAGCAACGGCAGCUCAGGUAACAUCACGCCAACAUAUAUACAAUCUUCCGCAUGCUUCUCACCAGACGGUCGCUAUGUGGUCGGCGGAAAUGGUACGCAAACUGGACUUUUGGUAUGGGAUGCUAUGGGCCAGGCAACGACCAAGGGUGGUGAAGAAGGAAGCAUAACCGCGCCCAUGACCGACCUGCCGGGCCCACGGCAUGCGAAGGUGGUCGCGUAUAACCCGCGACAUAAUCUACUAGCAAGCGCGGAUCGGGAUGUUGUGAUGUGGCUUCCAGAUCCGGAUAUGAUUUAG